GUUCUGCAUUCUGUCAUAGACAAAGGGAAACGGAGACCCAGAAAAGGGAAGGGACCGUGACCCAGCCAACGCCUCCCAGUCAGCAGCAGAACUGGGAAAGCCCUGCCCCGAGAUGCCUGACUCCCGGUUCCUCUUUCUAAACAGGCUGGUCCGGGAGUUCGUGGCCCAGAACAACACCGUGCAGAUCAAGCAUGUGAUCCAGACGCUGUCUCAGGAGUUUGCCCUGUCCCAGCACCCGCACAGCCGGAAAGGGGGCCUCAUCGGCCUGGCCGCCUGCUCCAUCGCGCUGGGCAAGGACAUCGUGACGGAGAGCAACAAGUUCGACCUGGUGGGCUUCAUCCCCUUGUUGCGGGAGAGGAUUUAUUCCAACAACCAGUAUGCCCGGCAGUUCAUCAUCUCCUGGAUCCUGGUUCUGGAGUCCGUGCCAGAUAUUAACCUGCUGGAUUAUUUGCCAGAGAUCCUGGAUGGACUCUUCCAGAUCCUGGGCGACAACGGCAAAGAGAUUCGGAAAAUGUGUGAGGUGGUCCUUGGAGAAUUCUUGAAGGAAAUUAAAAAGAACCCCUCCAGUGUUAAGUUUGCUGAGAUGGCCAACAUCCUGGUGAUCCACUGCCAGACCACGGGGGACACGGGUUCGAUCCCUGGUCCAGGAAGAUCCCACAUACUGCGGAGCAGCUAAGUCCACACACCACAACUACUGAAGCCGACGUGCCACAACUACAGAAGCACACGCACCUAGAGUCCAUGCUCCACAAGAGAAGCCACUGCAAUGAGAAGCCCGCGCACCGCAACAAAGAGUAGCCCCCGCUCACCGCAACUAGAGAAAGCCCACGCACAGCAACAAAGGCCCAACACAACCAAAAAUAAAUAAAUUUAUAAAAAAUAAAAAUAAAAAA